UUCACGUGAUUAGCAUCUAAAAUACUCAGCAGCUCGAGCCGUCAUUCAUCAGCUCACACGCACGCGCACGCGCUCGCGCGCACGCACAAACAUGGCGGCCUCUGUUUCACCGCUACGCUCCUCCUUCAGGAUGUGCAGCCCGUUCCCGUUCCCCCAUCACUGCAGCCGGGCCGGGCCGCGGACGCGCAGGAAGGAGAGUCAGCGGAGACACGUCCACCAGUCCGCCGCGAGGCAUGCCGCCGUGGUGAUCUCAGGGACCGAGUUGGCUCGGCAGCUCCACAGAGAAAUCCAGCGUGAUGUGGAGGAGCUGGUAGCUCAGGGCAACAUGAGACCCCACCUGGGAGUGGUCUUGGUGGGGGACGACCCAGCCAGUCGCACCUACGUGAAGAACAAGACGCGGGCCGCCAGCAUCCUGGGUAUUUCCAGUGACACGGUGGUGCGGCCGAGAUCGGUGUCCCAGAAGGAGCUGCUGGAGCUGAUCGACAAGAUGAACCGCGACUGGCGGGUCAGCGGCCUGCUGGUGCAGCUGCCGCUUCCCGAGCACAUCAACGAGCGCGCGGUGUGUAAUGCCAUCGCGCCGGAGAAGGACGUGGACGGCUUCCACAUUGUGAACAUCGGUAAGCUGUGUCUGGACCAGAGAUCCAUGGUGCCCGCCACACCCGCAGCUGUCUGGGAGAUCAUCAAAAGAGCAGGCAUUGAGACGGUGGGGAAGAAUGUAGUGGUCGCCGGCCGCUCCAAAAAUGUUGGAAUGCCCAUCGCAAUGCUGCUGCACACCGACCGCAAGCAUGAACGCCCCGGGGGUGACGCCACGGUGACCAUCGCCCACAGAUGCACGCCCAAGGGACAGCUGAAGGAGCUGACCAGCUUGGCCGACAUCAUCAUUGCAGCUGCAGGGGUUCCCGGGCUCAUCACAGCAGACAUGGUGAAAGAGGGCGCCGCCGUCAUCGACGUUGGCAUAAACCGAAUCCAGGACCCGAACACGGGGAAACUGCGGCUCAUCGGCGACGUGGACUUCGAUGGAGUGAAGGAGAAGGCCGCUUUCAUCACGCCUGUUCCUGGAGGCGUGGGUCCCAUGACCGUCGCCAUGCUGAUGAAGAACACCGUGACCGCGGCCAGAAACGCACUGAUGCAUUAAACAAAAAAACACACACACACACACACACA